AUCGACUGACUGUUAGCGUACAUGAGCUGGGAUGGGCUUGCUCUAAACUAGAAGGUGGAUCAGCGUGUCAACUUAUCGUGUUUUCAUUUAUACAGACUCCGUUUAAAGGAUUCUCACAUCUGAUAUCUCUUUCGCCAAGCUUCGACAUCAUAUUAUCAAGUUUUUUGGGAUUUCAGACAUCGCGUGGAAUUGUUGAAGCAGCAUGUCCAGGUCUGAUUUCCCUCCGGGUUAUGAUGAUUCCCGGCUGCUCUCUAACCCUCAGCCUGGGGGUUAUCCCUCUUCUGCCCCUCCAUAUGGCUUCAAUUCAUACGGGGGACAACCGCCUUACGCACAGCCCAAUAACCAGUACCCAGGACAACCAGGAGGAUACCCCCCUCCAAUUAUAGCACCCAUCCCUAUCCCCAUCAUUCCAUCGGGCUCAAGUGACCAUGAAGAAUUUUCCACAGCAGGAUGGGACAGUACUAGUGUCAGACACAGUUUUAUACGUAAAGUUUACCUCAUCCUUGCUGCCCAGCUCCUCCUCACAGUCAGCAUUGUGGCUAUUUUCACAUUUGUGGAACCUGUAGCACUGUUUGUGAAAAAAAACCCAGCCAUCUACUGGACCUCAUAUGCUGUUUACUUUGUGACGCACAUCGUUCUGGUUUGCUGUCAGGGACCCAGGAGGCGUUUCCCAUGGAACAUGAUUCUGUUGCUCAUUUUUACAUUGGCCAUGUCUUACAUGACAGGCACUAUGGCAAGUUAUCACAGCACUAAGGCAGUGUUCCUGGCCCUGGGCAUCACUGUAAUCGUGUGCAUUGCUGUGACCGUUUUCUGCUUCCAGACUAAGGUGGAUUUCACCAAAUGGACUGGUUUUUUCAGUGUGCUCGGAAUUGUGGUGUUUGUAACUGGUAUCAUCACUGCUAUCGUGCUGUCAUUCAAAUACGUCCCGUGGCUUCACAUGCUGUAUGCAGCUAUAGGAGCCAUUGCAUUCACUCUGUUUCUGGCUUAUCACACCCAGCUGAUCAUUGGGAAGGGGAAGCACUCCAUCGGCCCUGAGGAGUACGUGUUUGCUGCUCUCUCCCUUUAUAUUGAUAUUGUCCAGAUCUUCAUCUUGCUCCUGCAAAUUAUUGGAUUUUCUGAGAGAUAGAAACU